GCAGGGCACACUCACGCACCAUUCACCCACACAUGCACACCUACGGGCAAUUUACCAACUCCAAUUAGCCUCAGCAUGUUUUUGGACUAGAUAUUUCUUUAGUAUAUGUAAAUGAGGCAGUCCAUUGCGCGCUUCUGUGAUGUUUUAACGGCAUCUUCCUCAAAGUCAUUCUCUACGAGAAGAGUACGUCACUGACUGCUCGUCAGCACAGCAGUAGUGAAGAGAAGAGAGAAGGGCAGACGACUGCAGAGCCGAACGAAAGCAGGGUUGAGGGUGAAGACUAUCGCUACAGAACUGAACAACGUUGUAAUAAUAGUCACCUUUGCGCUGUUACGCGUCCGAGUGAUUUAAAACUGAGAUGCCCCCCGAAAUUGUAUUUCUUUAUUUUUUGUUGCCGACCUGCCUGAUCUAAACGGAGUAUAACUGUCAACAAAGUGACGCUCUUCGCCUUCACGGGUUCUGGACAUGGCCGAAGAGUGAAUCCCCAAAAUUUUUCUGGCAGAAAAUCGACGUCCUGCCAUGAGCGACAGUGACGAUGACAUACCCCGGCUGUCCGCGGCUACCCUCGCAGCGCUGCAGGAGUUUUACGCCGAGCAGCAAUGCGACCCCCCCGAAGAAGCCGCACCGGUAGACAAAUUCUCGGUCGGAGCGGUGCAGGAGGACUGGCGCAUGAGUCAGUUUUGGUACAGCGACGAGACUGCGGAAAGGCUGGCCGAGGAACUCGCACAUGAAGCAGGCAAAGGAGGCAGAAUAGCUUGCCUGAGUACCCCCAGCGUUUACCAAAAGCUGAAGCAACAGGCUGUGGAUGCAUCUGUGGUGCUUCUGGAGUACGACAAUCGCUUCUCUGUCUAUGGCGAUGAGUUCGUCUUCUACGAUUACACCAACCCCCUCUGCUUGCCGGCCCAAAUCAACAGCCAGAGCUUUGAUAUCGUCAUUGCAGACCCACCAUAUCUGUCGCAGGAGUGCCUCAGCAAGGUGGCCCUCACCGUCAAGUUCCUUAGCAAGGGGAAGGUGCUCUUAUGCACAGGAGCCAUCAUGGAGGAAGAUGCAGCAAAGUUGCUGGGUGUCAAAGUCUGUAGUUUCCUACCUAAACACAACCGGAAUCUAGCCAACGAGUUCCGCUGUUUUGUCAAUUACCCAUCCCGCCUGGACUCCUGAAGUCUGUUAUGGAUAUUUCUUCUAUUGAUAUGCUAUAUCCAGAUAAUACAUGGUAAUAUUUUUGAAGUAUAUAAAUAUGUUUCAUAAUAGAAAUUAAUCUUCUGCUAAAUUAUAAAGGAAAACACUGUUAUGUGCCUUGUGUUAUCCCACAUAUUAACUGGUUAAAUAUGAUCCAGAGCUUUCUUUACAAACUAAUUUUUGAUACCUCUGAAGAACACCUAUGGUGGUACCUGUUUUUGUCUGUCAAUAUUAAAUAGAAAUCUACACUAGAAUUGUUCUACAGGUUCACUUGUCAAACAUAAGUCAACAACAUUCCAACUUUUGGGCCCGAGUUCUCCUGUUAGACUCCACAUCCUCAUAUCUCAUACCCAUAUACUUCACCAUUAGCUCACUCACUUCUCUCAGAUAAAGAAGAAAGCGUACGUGCUUCACCAGACCACUGUUUGUGACUCAAAACCACAAGAUAAUUUACAUUCAUUACACAAUAUCCACACUUGCCUCUUGAUACAUUUUCUUUAGAAUUAAUUGUACAACAGUUGACUGACCUGCAGUUACUGGAGGUUAAAACUAGUAUGGAAUGGAAAAUGAAUAAUGAAUGAAUAAUAAAAUCAUUGAAAUGCAUAA